AAGCCGGUGGCGGCGUGACCCGCGGACACGCCGCACAGGCUCCGAAACAGCCGUCACUGGACAGGCACCAACUCCCGCUCUGCCCAGACCAUCGGCGCGACUAUGUCCCAUCACUGGGGAUACGGAAAGGACAACGGACCUGAGACCUGGCAUAAGGACUUCCCCAUCGCCAAAGGACAGCGACAGUCCCCCGUUGACAUCAACACCAAAGCGGCUGUCUAUGACUCUGCCUUGAAGCCUCUGUGUGUUUGCUACGAGCAAGCAGUUUCACGCAAGAUCCUGAACAAUGGUCACUCUUUCAACGUGGAAUUUGAUGACUCCCAGGACAAAGCUGUGCUGAAAGGAGGACCCCUCACUGGCACUUACAGGUUGAUCCAGUUUCACUUCCACUGGGGUUCCUCUGAUUUGGCUGGUUCUGAACAUACUGUAGAUAAAAAGAAAUAUCCUGCAGAGCUUCAUUUGGUUCAUUGGAACACCAAAUAUGGGGAAUUUGGAAAAGCAGUGCACCAACCAGAUGGACUGGCUGUUUUGGGCAUUUUUUUGAUGAUUGGCAGUGCUAAGCCAGGUCUGCAGAAAAUCAUUGAUGCAAUGGAUUCCAUUAAAACCAAGGGUAAAAGUGCUGACUUCUCUAACUUCGAUCCUCGUGGCCUUCUUCCAGAAAGUCUGGACUACUGGACCUACCCAGGCUCACUGACUACCCCCCCUCUUCUGGAGUGUGUGACCUGGAUUGUGCUCAGGGAACCCAUCAGCGUUAGCAGCGAGCAGAUGAUGAAAUUCCGUAAGCUUAACUUCAAUAAGGAGGGUGAACCCGAAAAACUUAUGAUAGACAACUGGCGCCCGGCUCAGCCAUUGCACAGCAGGCAAAUCAAAGCUUCCUUCAAAUAAGAUGGUCCCAGAGUCCGUGUCAAAAAUAUCUUCUGGUUUAGCUAAGCACAGAUCUACUACCAUGGUGAAUUUUGAACCCUGGCUGCCUUGUGUCUGGUUUUUUAGGCCCUUCCUCUCUCACCUGAUGUGACUACUAAUAAAUGUGAACAGCUUGACCAAUUGUUAUGCUUGACAGAAUUGCUGUGACUGGUGCUUUGCUCAUGAUAGUAGCUUUUCUGUAACAGAGACUAUAAUCCAAAGAAUAGGAAAAAGUACCUUGAUUUUGUUCACAGCACGUGGGGUGAUAAGCAUUACAAUUGUUCACUAAAAUGCUAUUUUUUAAAACAUAGGGGAAUAGAUUAAUUGAGUACAAGUCCAUAUUAUGAGAUAAACUGAACUGUAUAAUGUAAAUCAGGUAAAAGUAGUCAUGAUUCUGUAUAAUGUAAAUCAGAUAAGAUAAACGUUCAUGAUUCAAGAUGUGAUAUUAAAGAAAAACACUUAAAUUAUUAUAUAUUUGUAGUAAUGUUAUCUUAAAUAUGAAUCAUGUUGUAACAGUGAUUUUUGAAUUACAGAGAUUAAAGUGAAGUAUUAUCUAUAAAAAUUGUUAUAAUUAUAGUUGUGAUACAGAGUAUAUU